CUCACGCAGCAGGACCAGAUGGCAGGACCGUCCCUUCAAAUCAAAACCAUCAGUGUUCUGGUUUUCCAUCUCUUCAUUGCACAUUCAUGUAGAGGUCAGGUCCAGUUAAUUGGUUCACGUCAGCCAAUAGUGGGUCCAGUUGGGGAGGACGUCAUCUUGCCAUGUCACCUGCAGCCUGCGGUGGAUGUUGCCACCGUGACGUUGGAAUGGACGAGAUCUGACUUGAAGCCCAGGUUCGUCCACGUGUGGCGUGCUGGUCAGGACCUCCAGAAUGUAAAAAACCCAUCGUACAGAGGAAGAACAUCGCUGUUUGUCAAUGAACUGAAGAAAGGAAACAUAUCACUGAAACUCUCCAAGGUGAAACCUUCUGAUGCGGGCAGAUACAGAUGCUUCAUUCCAGAUAUGAACAUAAACGCUGUUGUUGAGCUUGUUGUUGGUGCUGUUUCCUCACCUAUCAUCAGUUUGAGAGGGAUUGAUAGAGACAAAGAGGGAGUGGUUCUCCAGUGUGAGUCUUCUGGCUGGUAUCCAGAGCCUGAGGUGUUGUGGCUGGACGGUGAGGGAAAGCUCCUCUCUGCUGGACCUACAGAGACAGUCAGAGGUCCUGAUGACCUCUAUACUGUCAGCAGCAGAGUGACUGUGGAGAAGAGACACAGCAACAGCUUCACCUGUAGAGUCCACCAGAAGGACACCAACCACACCACAGAGACACACAUCACUGUUGCAGAUGAGUUCUUUAACGUCCGGUCCAGUUGUGCUCCUCUCAUCGCUGGUUUGGCUGUUAGUCUGGUACUUUGCAUCCUGUUAAUUUUUGCAGUUUUCUUUUUUGUGUGGAAAUGGAGACAAAACAUCACCAAUAAAACUGAUGGAGAAGGAGAGAAGAAACGCUCUAAAACAAAGAAAAGUGAAGAUCAGUUUGACACUGAAGAAGAAAAGGAGCCUUUAAAUGAAAAAGAGGAAGAUAAGAUCAAACAAAUAAAAAAUGAAGUCCAGCUGCAGGUCAAAGAUGAAAAGCAGAGAAAUGAGAAUAAACUGGAGCCUCCGAGGACCGAAUAUCAAAAGUCUAAAGAUGACCCAGAGAUCAAAUGCAAGGAGGCAGAGGAAAAAGCUUCUCAGUCCAACUCUUGGGUUGCAAAUAUUCCUCCUCAGGAUCAAACCCUGACCAGAUCAGCCAGUCAGGACUCUGCCCCGGGACACAUCAGUGUGGAUGAGGUCGACCUGGAGGGCGGAUUUGUCCGUCUCAGCAAUAACUCUGAACAGGACCAGACCAUGGGAAAGUGGGAAUUACAUUUACAGGUCAACAACAGGAAACCAAUCAAAUAUUCAUUCAAGAAGAAAUUCAAACUGAAGGUUGCAAGCUCUGUCACUAUCUGGGCAGCAGGUUCUAUUAAAGGGGGUGACACCUCCACUGACCUGGUGUGGUUAGACCAGAUGUCCUGGGGCGCUGGAGAACAGCUGCUGGUCAACCUCUACAGCAACACUGGAGAGCUAAAGGUUAGAGAAGCUCUGGAGCUUGAUAUCUCUCAGAAAAAGUACAAGAAGAACUACAGUUCCUUUACCAGUCUGGACUUUGCCAAAGGACACAUCAUGGUGGAAGAGGCUGACAUGGAGGGCAAUUAUGUUCGUCUCAGGAACAACUCUAGCUCUAUAGAGAAACAACAACUGAGAGACUGGGAAUUACACAUAGAAGUCCACAACAGAAAACCCAUCAUGUACAAAUUUCCCAACUCAGUGAAAAUCAAGUCUGGAGAGACUGUCACUAUCUGGUCUUCAGAUCAUUCUGAUAAACAACAUCCCUCCACUGACCUGGUGUGGCAGAAACAGAAAUCCUGGGGCAUUGGAGAACAACUGCUGAUCACCCUCUACAGCAGCACUGGAGAGCUAGAGGAUCGCAUAAUGCUGGAGCCUGAAGGGUCUCAGAGUAAAACCCAGGAGCAGGACAGUCAAGACAAGAAAACCAUCAUUGUAGAUGAUGUAAACCUGGUGGGCAAAUCUGUCCGUCUCAUCAACAAGUCAGACAAGCCCCAACAACUGAGAGGCUGGAAAUUACAUUUGGUGCUCAACAACAGCAGAACAAUCAUACACACACUGGAGGAUCGUUGUCUCUAUGUAGGACACACUUCCACUGUGGAUUUGAGAAAAACAUCUUUGGAUGUAGAUCCGAAUGCUGUAAACCAGCUGGAGGUCAUCCUCUACAGCGACACUACAGAGAAAAUUUUCAAGAGUGAAUAUACAAAGAAGCCUCCUCCAGUGAAAGAUCUUCCAGCUGAAAACAUUGAGCAACUUUAAUCCCUCAGAAGAAAACUGAUAAACACUAAAAAUGACAUUAUUAAAUGUAAAAAAAAUAUGGACGAGGGGAUACAAUUAAACUCAAAAUCAAAAUGUGAACUAAAGCAAGUUUGAGGUGCAAAAUAAGUAACAAAUGUGCCUUUACAGUCAUCAUGUCAGUUAUAUUCUGGAUAGAGAGCUCAGUGAAUUUCUUUAUUGUCAGAAUUGUACUUUAUUGUUUUCCUUUAUUGAAUUUCCUACUCCAUUUUUCUAAAAUAAAAAAAACAACAAGAUAAAUACAUGUUUGAUUUUAACCCUGUGGAACUCUAGUUCAUGAGCUGAUGUUUAUUUUUAACAAUAUUUCCUUUGAAAAAUGUAACUUACAAAUAUGUUUUUUUAUUUGAGCUUUGAGAUAUAAUUUCACAAUGUAUGAGUGAAGACAAUUUUGUAUAUAUAGAUAUUUGUUCAUUGCUUUUGCUAAAUCAGUCAAAAAACUUUUGUUAACUUUGAACACUCAAUAUUUUUUCAUUUACAUAAAAAUAAAUUUUAAAUAAGAGACGAACAACAAAAAUCUGGUCAGGAACGUUGAAAUGUCCCUUUGAAAAAUAUAUUUUUUCCUUGU